AUAAUAUAGAAGUAUUAUUGAAUAAAUGAAUUAGUAUAAUAUGGAAUGUAAUAACACAAAUACUCAAAUCUUGUUUAUUGUUCAUACAAAACUUUCAAUUAGGAUGAAGGAAACACGUGUGUUUAAAAAUGACGCCAUCAACGACUACACGUAGGGGUUAUUGUUGGAUUUUUAAUAAAUGGCGUAAAAUACAAAAUCGUUUCGAUGUACUAAUUUUGUGGUCAACAUUAUAAAAAAAAAAAAUUUCCCUAUUCAAGAACCAUAAAAGGAAUACUAAAACUUUAUUAAAUUGGUAAGUGGUUUUGAUCGUUUAUUUCGAAAUUUUGAAAAUAAACAGUGUAAUGUAGCAAUUUUUAUCUACUUUUAAUAACUCACUCUUCAAUAACACUGUACAUUAAAUUGUGAUUUAAUUUUGGUUGUUCAUCCCUACAUGUUCAGUUUAGGAUCAUAAUAACAUGUUAGUUGAGCGUAUUCAAUGUAGAAUCCAUUUAUCACUAUCUCAUGUCUUAUAUAUUAGUAUUUCUCAGGUUUCACCAAUGAUUCAAUAGUUUGACUUACUGUUCUGAUUAUUCUUGUUAGAACUGUAUUUAAAGGUUCAAUGGUAGGUUUUAUUUUGAAGGGGCUUAUUUUUAGCAUGGGGAAGAUGUAAAAAUUAGAAGCAGCACUUCAAUUUUAAAUAACUGAGGUCAAUGACAAUUUUCAAAUUUCAAAACUAAUACUUGCUUAAUCUUUUUACCUUUUGUAUCAUUCUCUCCACUCUUACCUUUAUUUUGCUUCUCUUGUUUAUUUGUUUUUUCAUUUUAUCGUCUUCUCUCUUUUAUAAGUGACAUUUCUUUCCUCCUGUUCCUCUUCACACGUCGUCUCCCCACUCACAUUUUCCACAAUGACAUUUUUAAACUAAUUUUUCACCCUCUACUAGAUAUUUUUAUUUCUCUCCUUGGCCUUUUCUUUCCUCUUUGCUUAUCACUUUUCCCAUCCUUUUAUAAAUGACAUUUUUAAGUUAGGCAAAUUUCAAUCACUACUUCAACAUGCUCUUUUUUGCUCAUCAUGAUAUUGAAUUUUUUACUCUUUCUUUUUUAGAGGUUCCUUAUUUGCCAUAAACAAAUAAGAAUCAUAGAAAUUGUCUAUUGAAACGUAAUGUGAACAAAUCACAAAAAAUAAGCGCAUUAGCCAAACUUUAGCAUAAACUUAACAGGACAUGCAUCACAGUCUAUAUCAGUGCUCGAGUUUGUAAUACAGGGUGCGGCAGCAUAACUUCCUUUUUUAAAAAGUUCGCCAUUUAGUCGGUAGACGUCGUCCCGGCACAGUUCAGUCGCCAUCAUGCGUUGGAACAGUGAGAAGCGUGCGUUUGCCGUUGAGGUUUACUUUUCGAGCGGAUGUUCUGUGAUCUCAACCCAGCGCGCCUUUCGGAAUCGCUUUAAUUUAGCCCCCUUGGCCCCUGUCCCGGACCGGAAAUCAAUUGUUACGUGGGUCACUACGUUCAGACAAACUGCAAGUGUGACAAGACGAAGAACUGGAGUCCCUCGGCCCAUUAGAUCACCGGAGAACAUUGAGUUAGUUAGAACUUCAGUGUUGCGAUCACCACGGCGUUCUGCGCGCAAACAUGCGUCUGCCCUUGGACUUUCCGAUCGUUCUGUGAGGAGAAUACUUCAUGAUGAUCUUCAUUUUCAUCCAUACAAGAUGGCAAUUGUGCAGGAACUUUCUGAACGUGACUUCAAUUCUCGGAGGAACGCGUGUGAGGUUUUUCUGGAAGACGCUAUUGUUUUUUUUAGUGAUGAAGCCCAUUUUCAUUUGUGUGGAUCCGUAAACAAACAAAACAUGCGCUACUGGGCUGAUACCAAUCCUCGACAAUUGCAUCAACGGCCUUUGCAUUCACCUAAAGUCACAGUGUGGUGUGCAAUUUACUCACGUGGAAUUAUUGGUCCCUGGUUCUUUGAGGAAAAUGAAGUCACAGUGACAGUGAAUUCGCACCGGUAUGUAAACAUGUUACAGGAAUUUUUUUUCCCACGGCUAGAUGAGUUGGACUUAGGGGACACUUGGUUCCAACAAGACGGAGCAACGGCACACACUUCAAGAACAUCGAUGGCUGUUUUGAGGGAACACUUCCCAGAGCGCCUUAUCUCAAUUAGGGGCGAUUUGGAGUGGCCAGCCCGCUCUCCCGAUUUGACCCCUUGUGAUUAUUUCCUAUGGGGUUUUUUGAAAUCCCGUGUGUAUGUGAACCGUCCAAGGACCCUACAAGAUUUGAAGACGAACAUCCAGGAAGAAAUUGCCAACAUAACGCCUGCUAUGCUGGCAAGAGUCAUGACAAACGCCAGAAAUCGGUUUACUCAGUGUAUGGAGAAUGGGGGACGUCACCUAACUGAUUUGAUCUUCAAAACUCAGUAAAACAAAACUUUAUGUAUGUGCCUGUAUUAUAAAAAACGAAUAAAAAUUUUCUGAUU